AUGCGAUUGAAGAAAAACCAGCUCAGAGCUACGGAGGGAACUGUUGAGGAAGAGAGGGAAGAGAGGGUAGAGAGGGACGGGAGCGAGGGGGAGGAGGAGGAGGGGGAGGGGUUUGAAAGGGAGCGAAGUGAGGUGUACGUGAGGGUUGAAGAGUACAAUAAGUUUAUGAAUAAGAAGCAUAACAUGGAUACAGAUUACAGAGAAUAUUUCCGGGACCGGCCCCGAGGCGAGUUUUUGACAAGAGGAGCAGCCAUGUCUUCACAGAGCAGUGGGAGGGGGAGUCAAGAAUAUAAUAGGUUUCCCGGACCACAGGCUAGGAUAGGACGAAAUCUCUCUAGUGAUAAAUUAGUGCAGGAAAGAAGAACUCCAACUAUACUGAGAAAAAAGCUUGAUGUCUGUGUGUAUCUAAUGUCCAAUGUUGGAGUCCAGAUGGAAAUAGAGGAGGGGGCUAACUCAACCGUUACAGAUAUCAUAAACAGCCUUCAUGGAGAGGAGGAACUAGGACUCCCUAGAGCAGGAGGAGUACAGGAUAUAUUAGCUCUAUGGAUGGUUUCUCCUCUACUUGAAGUACAAUUAAAACCUCAUCAUAAACCCUUUUUUAUCCGGCGUGAAUGGAAUCAUUUCCUCCAAAGGUUCAGCUCCGCAACCCAGGAUAAGAAGGCUUGUGAUGAACCAGUUUUAUCAUUACAACGAAAUGUGUUCACUACCCGUAGGGAUGAAAUCCAGGUGAAAGAUCAGAAGAUUCUGGAGCUUCUGUUCGAGGAAGCAAAGUACAAUAUCCUGACUGGACGAUAUCCUUGUGAGGUGUCAGAUUAUAUAAUGUUAGGAGGUAUCCAGGCUAGAUUAGAGCUGGGACCGUACGAUAUAUCCACUCAUACUCCAUCAUUUAUCAGACAGAACCUGGAGAGGUUUCUUCCUGAGCACGCAGUUAGGAGCAGUGGAGGUAUAUUCUCCUGGUUCCCUUGGUCUCCCUCUAGUAAAACAUCUCCAGAAGCCAGGCUUAUAGAACAAUUUAAGGCUAUCCCGAGUAACGCGUCUCCUAAACGGCUUGUGAAGAAGUAUUUAGAGUUUUGUUGGACUCUACCUUAUUAUGGAAGUGCAUUUUUUAGAGGACAGAUAGAAACACCAGCUAAGUCCCUCGGGAGCCUUAUUAUAAACGAGGACACCGAGGUCCUAGUUGCAAUCAACAGUACAGGACUAUACGUCCUAGAUCCGGUAGGGGUUGUAGUACUGCUAGGAUUGAAGUUUGAAGAGCUGAGUUGGGAUUAUGCUAAACCAAGUCAGGAGAACAAUGAGGAUUGUCUUCCUUGUCUCUUUAUCCAAUUCUGCGUUAUUGAGAACGGACGGAGGGUUUCAAAAAUCCUACAGGUGUUCUCUAGGCAAGCAGUUCAGAUGGAUGCCCUUAUCUCCGGGUUUGUGGAAGAUAUAAAACAGAAAGCUGCUCUAUACAGCGAGGACAGCGAUGGUAAUGUUUUUACAGACAACACAGCUGCAGAGACGGACGAUUGCUUGGUUCCCUUGACAACUGUAUCAAGACGUGGAGUUCCUGAGAGUUGCUUAAGUAACAAGUUAAACAGGUUGACCUUGGCAACGUUUGACGAUGAAGGUCACUGUAUUGGUCACAUGGGGUCAUGGUCAUUCUCCAGCUAAAGGGAAAAGUUAUGUGUCUUCAUACCAGGGUUUCCAGCGAAAAGGGUAAAUCGUUUCGCGAAAAAAAUGCGAAAAUGUUUGGGGGAAAAAAAUUCGCUUAAUUAUUUUGCAAUUUUUCGCUUGAUUCACUUUUACGAAAUUUCACGAAAAGGUUU